UUCUAUAAUCGAUCAAACAAAACAAGAGAUGAGUCGAUACACUUUGAACGUUGGCGCCUGUUACGCGAGUCACCGACCACGGAUCAUCGCUGCCACAGAUACCGAACACCUAACAACGCCGGAAGUUUAGAACAUCGUUGAAGUUUCCGCUUCUGCGCAAACAACAGAGACGGAAAAAGCGGCGAAACAAGCCUUUGCCCCUGCCGUUCGUCGCGCUAUCUUCGUCUAAAGUACGCCAUUACGAGUGAAACAGAGCCGACGGAAGCUCUAGCAUCGAGAGAGAGAGAGAAGGAAACGACGCUCCACUGCGUAUUUCUCACGCUCUCGAGAUUUUCCGACAAACGUGCAACGUCUGACUAUUCUUCUUCCUGGCGUGACAUGAAAAUAUAAAUUUUCAUUGAUAAAACACGGUUAAAGAGAUAAAGCAAGGAACAAGGCUUCAUCGCUCCUCCUGAAAUAUGGACGACGUCAAGCAUCCUUUGCUACCUUACAUACAGAAGCGAAGUGGCAGUCGCAGUCCAAGCCCGAGGCGUUCAAGGACGGAUGAUGACAUUCAAGAGUCACGCUCACAUUCAAAGUCCAGCAAAUUUCGAGAACAUAAAGAAGGACAUAGAGUGAUAAAAAAUUACUCAAGGUCGCGCAGCCAUUCAAUCACUAGAAGUCGCAAAUCCUAUCGUAGUUCUAAAUAUGAGGGUCGUCGAGGUGGCAGCAGAAGUCGUAGUCGAUCACCUUAUAGAGGACGUGUAUCACGCAGUAGAUCUCGAUCCUACUCUAGAUCAAGAUAUUCCAGAGAUAGGAACAUGUACAGAUCACACUCAAGAAGUCCAAUGUCUUCAAGAAGACGACACGUCGGGAAUAGAGAUAAUCCAUGCCCUGGUCGAUGCUUAGGGGUCUUUGGCUUAUCUAUUUGUACGAGUGAACAACAACUAUAUCAUAUCUUUUCCAAGUAUGGGCCAGUAGAACGUGUUGUGGUAGUCAUUGAUGCAAAGACAAAACGUCCAAAAGGUUUUUGUUUUGUUUACUUUGAGUCCUUGGAAGAUGCAAAGGUGGCUAAAGAACAGUGCAGUGGAAUGGACAUCGAUGGACGACGAAUUAGGGUAGACUACUCCAUUACGGAACGAGCACAUACUCCAACACCAGGGAUUUACAUUGGCAAACCAACUCACUUGUACGAUAGCCGUGGUGGCGGUGGUAGCAGUGGUGGUGGUGGUUGGGACGGACCUAGGAGGAGAGAUUAUAAUAACAGAGGAAGCUACCGUCGUUCUCCAAGUCCUUACUACUCUAACCGGCGACGCUCGCGUUAUGAAAGAUCCAGAUCACGCUCCUAUACGCCACGUCGAUAUUAAGUGAGACGGGUUUGAUGCGAGAGGCCAGGUGUUGGGAGCCAUUUGUGUGACAUGACCCUUUGACCCAACCCCGACCCCAUUCUCUUCUAUCUAUGUACACUCAGGGUCAUAAAAAUACAAACUUCACAUUCUGUCACUAUUCUCACCUUCCUAUGUAAUGCGUUUGAUGUUUGGCACUAUACGUUGGCCCGAUAACGCUAAAAGUCUUAUAAAUGCUUAGUGUAAACUUAGAUAUUUUGCAUGGAAUAGAAAGGUCAGAAUGGACACAAAAUAUCCUUAUUUUCACAAGUCAAAUUUCCAUUUUUAUAAAAGUAGAAGCAUUAUCGAGUUUAGACACUAAGAUUAAAUUCGUCGGUAUUGUGUGUAAUACUGCUAAUUAACUCUGUAAAGGUUGGAACAUAGUUGGCCAAUUUUUCUGCCUUUCUUGUUUCAGUAUAUUUUUUUUCUUUUUUUCUGAUUAUUCAUUUUGAAUUGGUCUUAUCGAUAUUCCAACUCUCUUGCGAAUGGUGAAUACUGUACCACUUUAUUAAAAAAAUAGGAUUCAACUUAAAUAUCUUUCUUGGUACAUUGAUGACAAAAUACAAUAGAUUAGUACCUCUAAAGUAUGUUCAUAAUAUCAAACAAAAUAAAAAAAAAAU